UAGGGUGUUUUAUUCUUUCUCUCUUGUAUUCUGUAAUUACUGAUGACUACUUCUCCAGUUGAUGAGGAAAACGGGAUGGCGGAAGAGCCACUGUUGAGCGGACCCAAACCAAAAGCCAAGGGUGGCAUAAUAACGUUGCCUUUCAUUAUAGCAAAUGAGGCAUUUGAGAGGCUGGCAAACCAUGGGCUUCGCCCGAACAUGAUACUCUACUUGACCCGAAAGUAUGGCCUGGCAGCUGCCAGUGCCUCCACCCUACUCUUACUGUGGUCCGCCGCAACUGAUUUCAUGCCCGUUUUCGGGGCUUUUCUUGCCGAUUCCUAUGUGGGUCGGUACCCAAUGAUUGGAUUCGGAUCCGUCCUUUGCUUUCUGGGAAUGGUUAUGCUAUGGUUAACAACCAUAUUCCACGAGCAACACCUUCUUGUUACCAAGACAGCCAAAGCUGCAAAAUGUACCCAAAAACAUCCCGACUUUUAUACUUGUACUCUUGUUUUGGCCUUAUGUCUAUUGGGUCUGGAGGGAUAAGGUCAUCUUCAAUAGCUUUUGGUGUAGACCAAUUGGACAUUAAAAACAACCGCAGUAGUAUUUCAGGAAUAUUGGAGAGGUUCUUUAGUUGGUACUCCGUUUUUGUCAAUAUUUCUGUAAUUGUGGCAAUCUCAUUCUUGGUUUACAUUCAAGAGCAUUUGGGAUGGAAUGUGGGGUUUGGAAUUCCUGCCUCGCUUAUGUUCAUGUCCGCGCUUGCAUUUUUCGUAGCUUCACCUUUAUAUGUUAAUUUGGAGGCAGAAAAGAGUGUUCUCACUGAAUUGGCACAAGUUGUUGUGGCUUCUUACAAAAACAGAGAUAUCCCAUUAUCGUCCUUGGACAAAGUUGAUACGAUGUACCAUCACAUAAAGGGAUCAAUGAGAUUUUGAUCAAAUUAAUCAUGUCACAAAAUAAAAAAUAAAAAAUGUUCUCUCUUAUGCACAUUAAUUGCGUAUUCAAGAAAUAUACUUGUUUGUAUGCCUAACUAGGUGUCUGAACAAAGCAUGUGUUAUUAGGAAUUCCCAACGAAGCCUUACCCCAGAUGGCAGAGUUUCAGAGCCAUGGAGCUUUUGUACCGUGAAUCAAGUAGAAGAACUCAAGGCAGUAAUCGGGAUAAUCCCAAUCUGGUCAACAGGGGUAUUGAUGUCAGUGAGUGCCAAUUCAGGCUCUUUGCCGGUACUCCAAGCAACAACUAUGGACAGACGCAUUUUCACCUCAAACUUCGAUAUUCCUGCUGGCUCUUUCGGCCUGUUUUCCAUAAUUUCAAUGGUCUUGUGGCUCGGUUUUUAUGAUCGGUUGGUUCUCCCAUUAGCAUCAAAAAUCAAAGGAAGAUCAAUUCGUCUCGGUUUGAAAGCGAAAAUGGGAAUUGGAAUUUUUGCCACAUGCUUAUCUAUGUCAACAGCGGCCAUGGUAGAGAGCACACGAAGGAAAAGGGCAAUUCAACAAGGAUUCUUAGACGACCCACAAGCGGUGGUGAACAUGUCGGCAAUGUGGUUACUACCUCAGCACAUCCUUAUUGGCUUAGGAGAUGCUUUCAACCUAAUAGGCCAAGCAGAGUUCUAUUACACACAGUUGCCUAAAAGCAUGUCUAGUGUAGCAUUGACUCUUAAUAUGCUAGGAGGGUCCAUUGGCAACUUGAUAGCAAGUUUAAUUUUGAACACCGUGGAUGAUAUUACUAAAAGAGGAAACCAAGAGAGUUGGGUCUCAACCAAUAUGAACAAGGGUCAUUAUGAUUACUAUUGUUGGCUUUUUUGUGGUUUGGGCGUUGUCAAUUGCUUGUAUUAUGUUGCAUGUAGUAAGGCUUAUGGUCCUUGUAAUGAAGAAGCAAGCUAGGAUUUGGGUCAAGAUUAGGUGUUAAUUAAAUUGCCACAUGAACCAGUACAUGAACAUGUUGUAGUAUCUGAGGACCAUCAUCAUAAAU